CCAGGCGCCUGGGCUCGGCGGUCCGCCUGUCCUCCCUCCUCCUCAUACUUUUCCUCCUGCGCAGCCCCCUCCCCUUUAUCCGCCCACGAUUAGAGCCGCUGGACGUCCGGUGUUGAUGGUGGCAGCGGCGGCAGCCUAAGCCACACAGCCCUCUCAGCGCGCCCAGCCGUGCCCACAAGCGCCCGCUCCUCCACCUUCCACCCGCGUCUCCGAAAGGUGCCGGGCAGAUUCGGGCGGCCGAGGCGCAGCGCCUGCAGCGGCGGUAGCGGCGGCGGCGGCGGGACGCAGGAUGAGCGCACGCGGGGAAGGCGCCGGGCAGCCGUCCACUUCAGCCCAGGGACAACCUGCCGCCCCGACGCCUCAGAAGAGAGGACGCGGCCGACCCAGGAAGCAACAGCAAGAGCCAACCUGUGAGCCCUCUCCUAAGAGACCCAGAGGAAGACCUAAAGGCAGCAAAAACAAGAGUCCUUCCAAAGCAGCUCAAAAGAAAGCAGAAGCCACUGGAGAAAAACGGCCAAGAGGCAGACCCAGGAAAUGGCCACAGCAAGUUGUUCAGAAGAAGCCUGCUCAGGAGACUGAAGAGACGUCCUCACAAGAGUCCGCCGAAGAAGACUAGGGGGCGCCGCCGUUGGAUUUCUACCUCAGCAGCAGUUGGAUCUUUCGAAGGGAGAAGACCCUGCAGUGACCACUUACUCUCUAUUUUGCCAUGGUCUUUCCACUUUCCUCUGGGGCGGGGCGGGGGGGGCGGGCGCGGGGCGGGGGCGGGGCAGGGAGAAGUCACGUAACCUUCAAAAGGACUAUAUUAAUCACCUUCUUUGUAAUCCCUUCACAGUCCCAGGUUUAGUGAAAAACUGCUGUAAACACAGGGGACACAGUUUAACAAUGCAACUUUUAAUUACUGUUUUCUUUUUUUUUUUUUUCCUUAACUUACUAAUAGGUUGUUGAUCCCAUAAGCAAGAGUGGGCGGGUGAGGAAGGCUCUGAAUUGGGUUGUCAGACAGUGCACUGCACACAAGCAAGAAGUGAGUCCCUCUCGUGACCUUGGGCUCGGUGUGUGACACCGGGCACGCCUCCAUCCCAGCCCACCCCACCCGCUCUCUGUAGUGAAUCCCGUUUAGAACGCCAAAGAUAAGGGCUAGAUUCUACUCUCUUUUUCGUAUAAUCUUGUAGACAUUUACUUGAUGAUUUUUUUAAACUUUUUUUUAAUUUCUAAAUGAGACGAAAUGCUGAUGUAUCCUUUCACUCAGCUAACAGACCAAUAAAGGUUAUGCUCAUUUUUUUUCAAAAAAGGAAGUAAGCAAACACAUGUUGCCAACUCCCGUAUUUAUGGCUACCACAUGGAUCAGCAGGAGGAAUAAAUUACUCUUAGCACCCGUGGCCAGGACAACACUUCGCUUUCAGGAAAUCUGCUUCCUACAGAGCCAAAUGGCAUUUAGCGAUAAAUAACCCUUGUUGGCCUCAGAGCAUUUAAGGAACCUAGACGAGUAAAAUUAUCCUCUUUGUAACUUGAUGGAAAGGUACAACAGAAUUAAUGCAUGAUAAAUUCACCUGAACGAUGAGGUGAGAGGAGCGCGCGAAAUCUAAAUUGCUU